UACAUUCUAUGUACACACAUAUUUCGACAGUAGUUUUCGAAUUGCAAGUGGUUUAUCGUCAGUUUAAGUCGGACUUUAUUAGCUGCACUUGUGAAUACAUUUGGUUUUUUGUUUUAACGCUUUUGAUUGCGCCUUUUCAAAAAGAAAUAUAUCCGCCGCUAGUGGUUUUCGUUUAAAUGUUAUGGUUGAAGAGGCUUGUGAGGAGAAAUUAAUCUCAAAGACAACUGUAUACACCAUGGAAUCAUGCUAAACAUCCAUCCUCAUUAUCGCUACCUCCCCCAAUGGACACGAAAUUCAAUUUAAAAAAGUUCGAUAGCGUAUUACACUACGCAUUAUUGACGUACAAACAUGUCUAGCAGAAGGGCCUUGUGUGAAUAAUUUUUCGUGGCUUUGGAGUCUGGUUUAGCCAUGAAUAAUUCAAGUACGAGUAUUAACACGUCAAUUGAGGAAUACAUUCCUUACCGGGAACGUCCAGAGACAUAUUUUGUGCCAGUGCUGUUUUUUCUAAUAUUCGUUAUCGGUGUUCUUGGAAAUGGUACCCUUGUUGUGAUAUUCAUGAGGCAUAGGAACAUGAGAAAUAUCCCGAACACGUACAUCCUGUCACUAGCGCUUGCAGAUUUACUUGUAAUUGUGACCAGCAUUCCUUUUACAUCGAUCGUUUACACCUUAGAGUCGUGGCCUUGGGGUGAACUGAUAUGCAAAAUAUCCGAAACUGCGAAGGACAUUUCUGUUGGAGUCUCCGUUUUUACACUAACAGCACUGUCAGCUGACAGAUUUUUCGCCAUUGUAGACCCCAUGAAGAAGUUACACGCCAAUAGUGAUAGCAGUCAAGCGACAAAAGUAACCCUAGGAAUAGCAGUAUCAAUUUGGAUUUUGUCAAUAAUAUGCGCUAUUCCAUCAGCAGUCGGCUCUCACCUGAGAGACAUUACCGACAAUGAUGGAAUCGUACGAUUCACAGUUUGUUAUCCAUUUCCAACUCAUUGGCUGUAUCACAACUAUCCCAAAAUCAACGUGUUGAUGAGGUUUCUGAUUCUAUACGUUAUCCCUCUCGCAAUUAUUGCAAUAUUCUAUUUGAAUAUGGCGAAAUAUUUAGUACAGAGUACGAAGAAUAUGCCCGGGGAAGCCCAAGGAACUCAAAGACAGAUAAAAGCCAGAAAAAAAGUGGCUGCCACUGUGCUAGUGUUCGUGGUCGUGUUCGCAGUUUGCUUUCUACCUAGUCACGUCUUUAUGAUGUGGUUUUAUUUCUACCCCAAUUCCCAGAAUUAUUACAACGCUUUCUGGCAUUAUCUGAGGAUAGUCGGAUUUUGCCUGUCAUACCUUAACUCAUGUGCCAACCCUUUGGCCCUUUAUUGGGUCAGUGGCACUUUUAGAAAGCAUUUCAACAGAUAUUUACUUUGCAUUAAGCCGACCCGUCCCCGGUGCAAUACAUGCCAAGGACAGCAACAUGCAACAACGUUGACGUACAUGUCUACAAGAAAGAUGCCGUCGUCAGUAAAAUCAAGAAAUUGCUCCAUCAGGAAACAAGAACCUUACGGCCACGAGACCACGAUUACUCUUCUUGGCAAUGGGCACGAAAAUAUAUGUACAAAAAUUUAAAGGUGACAAUGCAAAAGUAUUUUAUUUCCUCGAAUUCUGUCAAAAUUACAAAAAAGCACUCGAAUUUUUAGUAUAAGUAGAUAUUUUGGAUUGAAUAUAUGCUCGUCAGUGGUGUAUGUUCCCUAAGGAAAAUUUGGAAAACUCCAAAUUUGUCGCAAUUCGUUUAGACCAAAUCAUGCGAUAAUAACUGUUUUAAAAUUCUUUUCUCUUUCCUUAUUCGAUCGCUAGUAAUAGUCUUAAAGCAGUGGCGUAGCGUGGUGGGGAGGGCAAAGGGUGGGGGGCAUAGGCCCUGGGCGGUGCAAAUCUGGAGGCGGCAAAAAUCUUUCUUCGGUAUUAGAUAGAAUCAGGUCCGCCGCAUAUUUAUGACAGAUAUUUCAAUUUAUUGGUAUUCCUACUAGUUAUUAAUAAUUUGCACCAUGUGGUGAAACAUUACCGUCUCGUUUGGAGAAAAUAUCAAGAUUUUUGUGUUGAUAAAAAUCUGUGAAGAGCAACCGUCUUAUAUAUAACCGUAAAAACGGCA